AUGCUUCCCUCUACGGGAUCUCUCAUCCUUGGUACUACCGCACUCGCCGCAGUUGUCAACGCCGACCCUUGGUCGCUUCCUGAAGGAUAUCACCAAUACGCACCCAGGAAUGAGGGGUUCAGCUGGGGCGAAUGUCCAGGAAACUUCACUGGGCGCGAAUGCUCGCGAUUUGAGGUCCCUCUUGACUGGGCAAAUCAUAGUGCUGGGAAGGCAUCCAUUGCCGUUGCCAGGUACAAGGCUCCCAAACAGCCUAGGCUGGGGACGUUGUUUGUGAAUCCCGGUGGUCCAAGUGGCAGCGGGAUGGAACUAAUCUUGUCGGUAGGGGCUGAGAAAAUUUCGGAGAUGACUGGCGGCCAGCAUGACAUUCUCAGCUGGGACCCCCGUGGCGUUGGACUCACAGUCCCCCGCGCAGAUUGCUUCAAGACUGGGACCGAGGAGAAAGCAUUUUGGGAAGGAACCAUCCCACGUGCCGGACUGGAAGCGCGGGGCAACUUCACCGAUCAACGUGACCUGGAUGCCUUUUACGAGCAAGCGGAUGAGGUUGAUGUUCUGCUUGAAGAGCUCGGUAAACGAUGCAUCGCAUAUAGCCCUGAUACCUUCCAAUACAUUGGAACCGCUGCUGUUGUGCGCGACAUGGUUGCGAUGCAUGACGCUAUUGAGGGAUCGAAUAAGCCCAUCGACUUUUGGGGAUUAUCUUAUGGCACAGUAGUUGGUAUCUACUUUGUGAACAUGUUCCCAGAUCGUGUCGGACGUGUAUCAUUGGAUGGAGUAGUGGACCCUGAAUACUGGGCGAAUCGCCCCGCGCACGAGAUGUGGAGACUCAAGACAGAAUCGACCGAUGAAGCUCUCACAGGGUUUGUCACCGCAUGUGCUGCUGCCGGACCGUCCGGAUGUGCUCUUGCAACAAAGGAUUCUACUCCCGACAGUCUCAGGCAAUAUGCGCGCGAAAUAAUUGACGCUGCUUAUGAUUACAAGCGCAAAAUUGGCCCUACCGCCGAAGUUGGGUCCGCGCUACUCCGAGCUGCACUUUUCCGUGGAAUGUACACGCCAAGGGGAUGGCCUGCGCUGGCCGAAGCCGCGGCGGCAUACGCUGAAACCUUCCGUAACCUCUCAUUGCUAUCGAACUCACCCCAGAAGCGCUGGCUUCUUGAGCCUUUGUCUGAUAUCUCUCGUCGACAAGCAUCCAAUAAUGGGACUACAAACAACGACCCUGCUCCCGAUUAUUCGUUCCAAGGUGUAACGUGUGCAGACGCAGCCGAUGCAGGAAAUGUCACUACCAAGGACGUGUUUGACUUCUUGGUAGACGUGACUCGCGAAGUCAGUCCAAUGUUCGGCCCACAGUGGACUGAUGGUGGACUGUACUGCCACAGAUGGCCCGUCAGAGCUGUUGAGAGAUACACCGGCCCUUGGAACAAGAAACUCGCCAAUCCUAUCCUCGUCAUAGGUACUGAGGGCGACCCAGUUACACCCUAUAUCUCUGCAAAAAAGGUCGCAGAUGCGCUGGGUGAUUCGGCAGUUCUAAUUGAGCAAGACGACUACGGUCACUUAUCAAUGACUAUGCAUUCGGACUGCACCGUCGCCGCGCUCCAGGAUUAUUUCGUUAAUAAUAAGCUUCCUAGUCAAGAUAAACUAUGUGGGACCAAUCAACAACUUUUCCCCGGACCUGGUGUUACCAAAAGCACCGUCUCCAAGCUUAGCGCUCACAAUCUGUCAUCCGAUCCAUCUUCGCUUGAAGAUGAACUGGACAAGGCUCGCGAGCGCGGCGACAGGUUGUUUAUCCUUGUCAUUACACUCGCUGCCGCUUCCGGCCUUUUGCUCCUCUGCCUCAUCUUCUCAUGCAUUCGUGGCCGCCGUAAAUCGAAGGUUGCCCAUGCGACAUACAUUCCCCGUGGGGCGUUUGAGAAGGGCAGCGAUGAGCAAGGGCAUAUAUACGAUCCCUACGGCAAGGGAGCUGGGUCCAAAUCGGGCGGAUACGCACGUGUGGAGACAUGA